CUUUCAAAAGUCUCACUUCCCCACUUACUCUGACAAAAACCGUGCACGCACACCGAGUUAGGAGGAGUGAGUGAAGAAGGAUAGAAGGCAUGGAGAAGAGGGACGAGAGAGGGAGCAUUGGGGAGGAGAAUGGGAAAGAAAGCGUGCAGAAUGACCUGAAAGAAACCAUGGGAAACAGUGGAGAAGAUGAGACAAAUAGCAAGCCUAAGGUUAUCUACAGAGGAUGGAAGGUCAUGCCCUUUAUUAUAGGGAACGAAACGUUCGAGAAGCUAGGAACCAUUGGAACCUUGUCCAACCUCUUGAUAUAUCUCACUACUGUCUUCAACAUGAAGAGCAUUACAGCUGCAACUAUCAUCACCGUCUUCAAUGGUACUGCCAACUUGGGCACAUUGAUCGGAGCCUUUUUGUGCGACACCUACUUUGGUCGCUAUAAGACGAUAGGAUUCGCUACCGUCGCCUCCUUUCUGGGAUUGCUUGCUAUACAACUAACAGCAGCAAUCUCAAAACUGCAUCCACCCCACUGUGCAAAGGAGAGCAUCACAUGCAUAGGGCCAACAGGCGGUCAAAUAGCAUUUCUACUGGCAGGAUUCAUCCUGAUGAUAAUAGGAGCUGGUGGUAUCAGGCCAUGCAAUUUGGCAUUUGGAGCAGACCAAUUCGACCCUGAAACAGAAUCUGGAAAGAGGGGUGUAAAUAGUUUCUUCAAUUGGUACUUCUUUACUUUCACCUUUGCCCAAAUGAUAUCCUUAACGCUAAUUGUCUACGUGCAAUCCAAUGUUAGCUGGCCUAUAGGUUUAGGAAUCCCAGCAAUCCUGAUGCUCAUUUCUUGUCUAGUAUACUACAUGGGUACAAAAUUGUACGUAAAAGUGAAAGCCACUGGCAGUCCGAUGACCAGUGUAGCACGGGUUAUAGUUGUUGCAGUCAAGAAAAGGAAGUUGAAGCCAGUGGACCAACCUUGGCUCUCCCUUUUCAACUAUAUUCCUCCCAAGUCCAUCAAUUCCAAGCUUUCUUACACGGAUCAAUUCAGAUUCCUCGACAAAGCAGCAAUCAUGACUCACCAAGAUCAAGUAAACCCAGAUGGAUCGCCAGCUAAUCCUUGGAAACUUUGUAGUUUGCAGCAAGUGGAAGAAGUGAAAUGCUUGUUUAGGGUGAUUCCUGUAUGGACAGCUGCUAUUAUAUACUAUGUUGCUGUGGUUCAACAGCACACCUAUGUAGUCUUCCAAGCUGUUCAGAGUAACAGACGCCUUGGAAACAGCAACUUUGCGAUACCAGCUGCAUCAUAUAUUGUGUUCUUGAUGCUAAGUAUGAGCAUCUUCAUUCCUAUCUAUGACCGGAUUCUUGUCCCUUUUCUGCGGAGAAUUACAGGAAAAGAAGCUGGAAUCACAAUUCUUCAAAGAAUUGGCGUUGGCAUAUUUCUCACAAUUGUUACCAUGUUAGUCUCUGGCUUAGUUGAAGAGAAGCGAAGGACUAUAGCUCUUACCAAGCCAACUCUAGGAAACGCACCAAGAAAAGGUGCCAUUUCAUCAAUGUCAGCUUUAUGGUUAAUCCCUCAGCUAUCACUCUCAGGAAUUGCAGAGGCAUUUGGUUCCAUUGGCCAGGUUGAAUUCUACUACAAGCAGUUUCCUGAGAAUAUGAGAAGCAUUGGAGGGUCUCUCUUUUAUUGCGGCAUGGCAGCUUCAAGUUAUUUUAGUAGUUUACUGAUAACAGUAGUUCACCAAACAACAAAUGGUGCAGCAACUGGAAAUUGGUUAUCAGAAGAUCUCAACAAGGGAAGACUGGAUUACUACUACUACAUGAUUGCUGCUUUGGGGGUCCUAAACAUGGGCUAUUUUUUGCUGUGUGCCAGGUGGUACAAGUACAAAGGGGGCAAGGAUGAUGCACUGCUUGAACUCUGUGGGGGAGAAAAAACAAUAUGAGAAACCCGUAGCAUGAUCAGUGUUUUACAAACAACUAGGUUCAUGUAGCAGGGCGAGACUUCACCUUAUAUAUAGAAAAGAUUCUCAGUAGUCCGCUACAUUUGUAACGUAGAAGGCUCAUUCAGAAUAAUGUCUCUCGGCUCAUUUGAAUCA